AAGACAGGAACCCGACGCGAGCCUGGGGGAAUCAAAAUGACCAAAAGACCCUUCAACUUCUACGCGGUGAGAUCCGCACGGCCAUACGCGAACACGGGCACAUCCGUCUUUUACUGCUGCCUCCCUCUGUGUUAUCCCUCUCUUCGCGCCUCUCCUCGCUCCCAGCGUUCUCGAUGGCGUCAGUUUCAAUUACUCCGAGAAUCUCUACUUCUGUCUCCCAUUUCAAGGUUGUGGAUUUCAACAGAAGGAAGUUGAUGCUUUUGAGAGGAUCUUGCAAGCAAACUGAGCUCGAUGUGUCCUGCUCGAAAGAUGGAGGGAAGAGUGCUGGAUGCAGUUUUAAUAGAAGAAAACUAGUGAUGGUUUCAUCCAUUGGGCUUAUUGGUAAUGCCUUCUCGAGUAUUUUGGACAAAGAAGGAGCUUCAGCAUCUGAAUUUGCUGACAUGCCAGCACUUCGUGGAAAGGACUAUGGGAAAAGCAAAAUGCGAUAUCCAGAUUACACAAAGACACAAUCAGGCCUACAAUACAAGGAUCUGCGAACCGGUGAAGGUCCAUUACCAAAAAUGGGGGACACAGUAGUGGUUGAUUGGGAUGGUUAUACAAUAGGAUACUACGGCCGGAUCUUUGAAGCUCGAAACAAGACUAAAGGAGGUUCCUUUGAGGGAGAUGAUAAAGACUUUUUCAAGUUUAAGCUUGGAUCACAACAGGUUAUACAGGCAUUUGAGGAAGCAGUUGUUGGCAUGGCUCCAGGGGGCAUUAGAAGGAUAAUAGUACCUCCUGAGUUGGGAUAUCCAGAAAAUGAUUUCAAUAAACUUGGUCCCAAACCCACGACUUUCUCGGGCCAAAGAGCUCUAGAUUUUGUGCUGAGAAACCAAGGAUUGAUUGACAAAACUCUUUUAUUCGAUAUAGAGCUUCUAAAAGUCAUUCCAAGCUGAUACCCGAAUGAGGUACUCUAAUUGUUUCAUGAGCAAGAUUGUUUUAUUGUUUUCUCUGAAAGAAGAGUCAACUUUACUUGGAAGCAAAAGAGAGUUGAAAUGCGGGCUAUCUGGGCGAAUUUAUGACAUUGAUGUUCAAGAACAGUGAUCGUGUUUACGAACAGUUGCCUUCAUUGCUUGUAAACUCCAUCGGUUAUUUGGAAGUUCACAAUUUGUGAAAAGAGGUGCUUGCGAUAAAUUGUAUUCGAUCAAAGUAACAAUGACUAUUUUAUUUUUUGAACUCAGUCAGUUGUAUGAGACUGCAAUUCCACCUGUUGUAUUACUUUUCAUUCACUGAUCACAAGAGUAGUGACAAACUCAACCCCUGGAGAAGCGUAAUUUUA